AUGGCUGCCUCCAUCCAUAGAGAAGCAGAUCAGGUGAUUUUUGAAGAAGUUGUGGGAGGAAGAAAGGUGAUAUUAAACAGACAAAAGAAACUAAACACACUCAACUAUGAGAUGUUAAGUAAGAUGACACAGAAAUUGAAAGCGUACGAGAAUGAUCCCACGAUUAAGAUUGUGAUAUUGAAGGCGAUCGGGAAAGUAUUUUGUGUUGGUGGUGAUCUCACGUCUGCUUUUCAAUUUGUAGCGUUCGGACACUGGACUUUCGGGACAAACUAUUAUCGGAAAGAGUUUUGCUUGGAUUACAUACUUGCAACAUAUAAAAAGCCAUUGGUUGCGAUUCUAGACGGAAGCGUUAUGGGAGGAGGCGUUGGUAUAUCGAUACACGCAACAUUUAGAAUCGUAACUGAGAAUACGAUUUUCGCCAUGCCUGAAGCAUCAAUCGGACUGUUUCCGGACGUGGGUGCUUCUUAUUUUCUAUCACGACUUCCAGGAUUCUUUGGAGAAUAUUUGGGAUUAACUGGGGCUCGAUUAGAUGGAGCCGAUAUGCUUGCAUUUGGUCUCGGAACUCAUUUUAUCCCUUCUCAGAGUUUACAAUCAAUGGAGAGUGCUCUAGAAAAGAUGGUUGCUUCAACGGAUGCACCAAGUGCAGCAUCAAUGGCCUUGGUUAUUAACAAGUUUGCAGAAGAAGUUGACCUGAAGCCAGGGAAUGCAUAUUCUAGACUCGAUAUGAUCAAUCAAUGCUUCUCAGGAGAAUCGUGUGAAGAAAUAUUAUCAUCGUUGGAACGGUUGGCUAAUCGAGUACACGAGAAGUGGAUCCACGACGCAAUAACAUCAAUGAGAUCCGCCACUCCAACGGGUCUCAAAAUUUUCUUGAGAACGAUUAGAGAAGGUCGAUCCAAAACUUUGGAACAGUGUCUUCAGACCGAGUAUGUUGCUAUCUGUCAUGUUCUACGUAGAACUGUUAGCAACGACUUCUAUGAGGGAUCUAGAGCUAUCUUGGUAGACAAAGAUAAAAAACCCCAGUGGGUACCCUCAAAACUUGAGGACGUUAGCGAUGAAAUGGUGGCCAAGUGUUUAUCGAGAUCGUUCACUGAGGACGAUGAUUGGUUGCCGUUACGACUUCCGUCAAGAUUGAAGAAAGUUGAGGCCAUGACCUCAAAAAUCUAG